CAUGAACCAGAGGUAGCUAAGUCCCUGUGGGACCGGGCCUAUGAUUCCCUGGAUCCGGCCCUGGUUGAAAAAUAUGAGAAACUGCUUUCCGCGAGGCUGCAGACCCCCAAUUUCGACAGUGUUGAGAAUAAAAUCGACUCUCAGAACACCAAAAGCCGCCAUGAUCAGAUGGCAAAGGUGACCGACAUCUGCCUCGAACGACUUGACGAAAAAGGCUUGAAAUACCACAUCGGCGGUCGCGAAUAUAGCCUGGAAGACCAGGUGGCCCAGACAGUCCAGCUGGUGCAGGGCAUGAAAAGCUUCAUCAGUGAAGCAGUCAGAGCGUCUCCUGAGGCAUCACUGGCCUGGACUGGUGUUUGCAUCAUCCUGCCGAUAUUCACUAACCCCAGCGAGGCAAAGCAAGCAAAUCAAGAAGGUUUCACAUACGUCACAUCUCGAAUGAAGUACUACGUCGCUUUGGAGAAGUUACUAUGGCCGGAUAACCGUAAGGACGAUGCAGCAGGAGUAGAGCAGGUUCGAACUGAGCUCGAGAAAACCAUCGUCAAUCUUUAUAAGCUUAUUCUCAAUUUCCAAAUAAGAACCGUCCUACGGUGCUAUGGAAGACGGAGUUUGACCUUUGUUCGCGACCUGGUGCAAUGGGAUGGUUGGAACGGGAUGAUAGGUGAAAUCAAGAAGCUUGAAGACAGCAUUCACAGGGAUUCCAAGCAGCUCAACCAGUACACAUCUAGAAAGAUGCUUGAGAAUAUGGAGGGCUCCAUGAGCAAAUACGUUACCCUCAUGACGAAUCUGGAAAGCGUAUCUGAGCAACAACUGGAAGUCAACAAGCAGCAACUCGCAUUGCAUGAGCGGAGGGAGAAGAGGGACGAAUCUGACCAGGAAUCGAAAUGCCACCAGCUAUUCCGACUAUCCCGUGAUGAUAAGGAUAACUCAUACGAGUGGUACAAGAAAAUGGUCGAAAAUCCAAUAGACGGGACGUGCAAUUGGUUCUUGACAAGGGAAGAGUUUCAGUCCUGGGAGCAGCAACAGACGGGACUUUUGAUAGUUUCUGCCGACCCUGGAUGCGGAAAGUCUGUUCUUUCUAAAUACCUCAUCGACAAAAGGCUACCUGGGUCAUCGACAGUCUGUUAUUUCUUCUUCAAAGAACAGCUGCAGAACACAGAAAAGCAGGCGUUAUGCGCAUUACUGCACCAGCUCUUUUCGCAAAAGCCUGAGCUCAUCCGACAUGCAAUGCCAGAAUAUCGCCGGAAUGGCAGCCAGCUUGUGAAUGUAACGUCAGCUCUAUGGGAUAUUCUAUGGAACGCAACAAACGACCCCGACGCAGGUUCACUGGUAUUUGUUCUCGACGCCUUGGACGAGUGCAAUGACGAGGAGAGAGCCGACCUGAUUGAAAGCCUGAACCGCACUUUCAGCAACAAUUCUCAGUCUCCUGGGAAGUCGAAAUUUCUUUUAACUACGCGCCCAUAUUCUGAGAUAAUCUCCAGAUUUGACGGACUCCUAGACAAGUUCCCCCACAUUCACAUACCGGGAGAAAGUCAGUCAUCGAUGAUCAGUGAGGAGGUAAAUCGUGCUAUAGGCCACAAGGUUGAACAGUUGACAAAGCUAAGCACGAAGAAUAAACAAUAUCUCAAAGAGAGAUUACUUGCCGUCGAAAACCGGACGUACCUCUGGGUCAGUCUGGUGAUCGAAUUCAUCAGAACUCGACGGAUUCGGAACACCAAGGACGGAGUCUCUAAUGCUCUCAAUAACCUUCCAAUGAGCGUAUAUGAAGCAUAUGAGAGUAUCCUCAGCAAGUCUGACCGCGGCGACGAUGUCUUCGUUGUCAAAGCCCUGAACUUGGUCCUGGCAGCCGUCAACCCACUUAGUCUGACCGAAAUGAAUGUUGCGAUGGGUAUGAAUGCUUCAACAAAGUCGAUGGAUGAGCUCGAUCUCGAAGAUGACAAAGACUUCAAAGCUUCGCUGAGGGACAUGUGCGGGCUCUUCAUUUCUAUUUGCGACGACAAAGUCUACUUUAUCCACCAAACGGCGCGAGACUUUCUUCUGAAGAAACAGCCGGAGCCAUUGAAGUCCGGUCGCUCUUAUUGGAAUGGCACUCUGAGCUUGCAACGGGCCCAUCUUGAUCUCGCAGAGAGUUGUAUCUUCUACCUUGAUUCCGACGCGGCGCUGAAGAAUCGCGAAUUCUCUCAGUACGCGACGCGCAACUGGAUUCAUCAUCUACGCGAGUCCCAGAAGGAACCUCAAGGAGAGUUCAUGUCUUCCGUGUUGAACAUCUGCGAUCCAAACUCCAAUGUUCAUGCACGCUGGCCGGCCUUGAUGGGAGAUCUGACCCCAAUUUGCAAUAAGAAUGCAUUAUGGACAGCCGUGUGCCUCCAAUUGGGUAACGUUGUUAAAUGUCUUGCCAAAAGGAAAGACGUAGACUUCGAAGCGAAGCACUUUGGGGAGUGCACACCGUUGGCGUAUGCUGCACAAGAAGGUUAUGAGGACAUCGUUCGAAUUCUGCUUGAAUCUGGGAGGGUCCGAGUGAAUGUGAGAGCUGCGCAUCGACAGACACCCCUUAUACUCGCACUCAAGAAGGAAAAAGCAGGAGUCGCGACUCAAUUGCUGAACACACGCGGUGUUGACCUUAACGCGAGAGAUGAAAGCGGCCGGUCUGCCUUGUCAUGGGCUGCCAUGAGGGGCUAUGUUGAUGUCGUGCAAUUUCUCUUGACUUCCGAGAAUGUGGAUACGAACACGACGGAUCGGAAUGGGAAGACUCCACUUUUCUGGGCCGUUCUCCAAGACGAGGUCCUUGUCGUCAAAUUCUUGCUGCAGUCACCUGAAGUCGAUCCCAACAUCAAGGAUAGAAGGGGAAGAACUCCUUUAUCAUGGGCGACCGAGAACGGACAAGGAGCCAUAAUCGAAUUGUUGUUGGAC